AUGCACGUAACACCAUUCAAAUCGACCAAGCAUUCGCCUUUGAUUCAGGUUUGAAAAAGUAGAGUUUUCUAGAGCUAUUCAAUAUUUUUCCAGGGGUCAGUUUCUAAAGAAGCGGCCAUCAAAACGCACGCAGCUUUUCGGCUAUUAGAUGUUUCGGCCGAAAAAGAGAAAAAGUAAGGAAGUUUUGAUUUGGUUUUUUAUUAUCUAUAACUUUUCCAGGAUUCGGGACAUGUACGAUCGUUUGGAUAAAGACAACGACGGGACAAUUGAUAUCCGAGAUCUCACAAACGCUCUCAACAAGGAAAUGCCUCAUAUACCGUCGAAGUUGGCGCCGGUUUGUCUUAGAAAUCAUGAAAUAAAAAUAUCUUUUUUUGUUUGAAAUAAGAACAUGACUUUUUCUGUUCGAGUUCAGAAAGAAUUUUUCAUGUUGAUCGCUUAAAAAAAGAAAGUGGGUAGCUUCGAAACUGAAAAAAAUUUCCGUUUGGUCGUCAGUUUAGUUCAUACUUUUCAUUUUCUUCUGUUGAUUAGUUGAGUUUGAAUAAAGAAAAAAACUCUGAAGUUUCUGUUCCUUGCAGUUUGUUACUGAACUUCAAAAUUUUUGGUUUUCAAGAAAUAUUUCCAUUGAAAUCUUCUAAGACAUCCUAAAGAUUGCUUUAAAUUUUAGAAUACAUUUUUUUCAGAAGCUCAUGGAGCGAAUGAAACGUGACGAAGAAGACAAAGUUCACUUUGGGGACUUCGCCACGUAUGUUUUGGACCACGAACGCCGGUUGGCCGACAUUUUCCGCGAGUUGGACAAAAAUUGUGAUGGUUUGUUUAUUUUGUACGAAUUGUUCAUUUGAUAAAAAAAUAUUUAGGUCUCAUUGAUGUUGCCGAAAUUCAAAAGUAUUACGAUGACAUGGGCGUUCCGCUUGAUGAGAAGAGAGCAAAGGACAUUGUAACGCGGUUAGUUUGAUACCAAAAAAAGCCAAUGAGUAUUCCGUUUAUAGGAUGGAUCAAACUGGUUCUCGAUCAGUUGAUUUGGGCGAGUUCCAAGCUUUUUUACUGCUUUAUCCUUCAUCGGAUCCAAAGGAUAUCCUUGACUUCUGGAGACACAACCUGGUGAGUAUUUUCAUUUUUUAUUUUGAACAACUCUUGAUAUUUUCUUAAUUUUUGAGAUACUGAUUUAGAAGGUUGAAAAGAAAAUCUUUUUAUUUCUACUUUUCUUAUUUAAACUCUUCCAAAAAUUUCUUUUGAAAAAGAAUUUUAAAUGAAAACGAUUUCAGGUGAUUGAUAUCGGAGAAGACAGUCAAGUACCAGAAGACUUCACUCCUCAGGAGAUGCAAUCCGGUGUUUGGUGGAGGCAUCUGGUGGCUGGAGGCGUCGCCGGAGCAAUGUCCAGGACCUGCACGGCGCCGUUCGAUCGUCUCAAGGUGUACCUCCAGGUAUCAGAUUUAUUCGAACAUGGAAAAAAGCUAUCAGUAAACGUAUUGCUCAUCAGGAAACUUUGAAAUCUUCAGGUUCAUUCAACGAAGUCGAACAAGCUCGGCGUCGUGAGCUGUGUGCACCUUCUACACUCGGAAGGGGGCAUAAAGUCGUUCUGGCGAGGAAAUGGCAUCAACGUCAUAAAAAUUGCUCCGGAGUCCGCCAUCAAGUUCAUGUGUUACGACCAACUCAAACGCCUCAUCCAAAGCUACAAGGAAAACGGCGAAUUGACUACAAUUGAACGCCUUUGUGCUGGAUCUGGAGGUACUUUUUUUGUAUCUUUAUACUUUGGUAGGUGUCUAUGAAAAAUUUUAGUUUUUGAUGUAGAGGCAGAAAAAAAUUAAGAUUUUUUUUACUCACAAAAAAAUUUGUUAAUUGAGAAAAAAAGAAGUUUAAAAAGGAAAAACUUUUUUUGUUUCGGAAAAAACGUUUUGCAGUUUUUUUCACAAUCUUCAAAAACGAAACCACUGACAUUGUUUUCAUUGUUAUAUUUUUUCCGAGAUCCUCAAUCUGAAUUCUGAAUUUCAGCCGGUGCCAUCUCUCAAACGGCCAUCUACCCAAUGGAAGUGAUGAAGACAAGACUGGCUUUGCGACGGACAGGUCAACUGGACAAAGGCCUCAUUCACUUCGCCCACAAAAUGUACUUGAAGGAAGGACUCGCUUGUUUCUAUAAGGUUUGUUUUAUUUUUCAAAAACUUGAAAAUUAAUUCGAACUUAUACUUUUACUGAUUCGUACUUUGAAAAUUGGUUCAGAAGAGAUAAUCUUCAGUUUUGACUAUUCUAUUUGAGAAUUUUACUCUAUGUUAACUUUUUUAUAUAAAACACUUCCACCUGAUUUUUUUGAAUGAUCAAAAUAGACUUUCAAGACAGCUGCAUAGCUUAUCGGAACCCAUUAAGUUUAUCUUCCCAUUAACAACCAUUCUAGGAGUUCUUAUCAAGAUCAUCUGUCACAUUUUACAGUCCUUUUGACCUAGGCUGAAAUUAUUAAUGAGUUAGGGUGAGUUUAAACUUUUAUAAGGGUAGCUAUAGAUACAAAAUCCUUUUAAGCAAUAAAAAUUUUUCUCGCAUACAUAUGGUGAAAUUUUUAACGUUUUCAUGAUAACCAAUAGAGGGGAAAAAAAACUGAUGAAAAAGAAUUUUCACACAAUUUCUCUAUUUUCAGGGAUACGUGCCUAACCUUCUUGGUAUCAUACCAUACGCUGGAAUCGACUUGACCGUAUACGAAACACUCAAGGGCCUCUACAAGGAGAAGAACAAGGUCUGUUUGACCUGCAUAGAAAACUUGAUCUUUUGUGAGCGGUUACUUCGGGUUCGAAAAUGCAAAAGACCUUGAUAAUUUUGAAGUGGCUAGGUUAGGGACGCAAAAAGAAUAUAACCAGUUCAGGUUCCAUAGUAAUAAAAGGCAAGAAAAUUCAGUUAGUAAUGAAACCUUGGUAAGGAUAACAAUCAAAUUUUUAUUUCACGCUUAGUUCACUCGAAUUCUACUUUAAUCUAAAACAAUCAAUAAUAAAGUUUUCAAAAAUUUUGAAAAGUUUCAAAAUAGACAAAUAGUUUAGGACAACAAGGAACCUGGAGUGUUGGCUUUGUUGGCUUGUGGCACCUGCAGUUCGACUUGUGGCCAGCUCGCCAGUUAUCCUUUGGCUCUCGUUCGAACUCGCCUUCAAGCUCACGGUUUCUUUUAAAACACAAUGCAGGAAUUAAAAUACAACUUUUUCAGCAAUCACGCAAGACCCGACCCAUCCGGACAACAUGCUCGGCCAGUUCAAAUACAUCCUGAAAAACGAAGGUUUCCCUGGCCUCUACCGCGGAAUCACUCCGAAUUUCAUGAAGGUUAGUAUCUUCUCUUGUUUGUUGAAACAAAGUUUGAAAUAUGAAUGAAAGUUCAGUCAUGUUUUCUUUUUUCGUUAAAAACCCUACUUGUGGAAAUCAAAACGACUAGUAGAGAUUGUAUGAUAGUCAUUUUGCUCUAUGUACACGUAAUUUUUGGUCUUCUAAGAAAAACGUGUCAAUCAAAAAAAAUUUGAACUGAAUGAAAAAUUACAUCUCUCGGAAGCUUAUGAAACUUCUGCCUCGAAGUGAACCGAAGAGUAUUUGCAGGUGAUCCCGGCGGUCAGCAUCAGCUACGUCGUCUACGAGAAGGUCCGCCAGCAUCUCGGUGUCACAAUGUCCUAAAAUUCUUCCGGUCCAAAUUCCCUCGGGUUAUAUUUUUUUCCAUUGGUGUUUAAUAAUUUUUGUGCUCAUUUUAGUAUUUCUAAGGUAUUUAACGAGUUUUUGUUAGGUUAAAGUGAUACUGCAUUUUGCAUGCCCUGCUCCCUUAUUUUUUGGUAUUUCGUUUCAAUCUUUUAUAUCAUUUUCUACGGGUCACAACCGUUGCAACUUCGGGUGGCCAUCUUUCAUCCUGUUAAAUAAUUUUUGUGCCACCUCCUGUGAAUUUUAGGCACGUUUCGAAAAAUUCUAGUUGUUUUUUGUCUGUUUGUUCUAGUUCGUUCACAUUUCGGUUGACUCGCGUUCUUUCGUGAUUUUCUCCAAUUCCUCCUGUUUGAGUAACUUUCCGGUUAUCAACUUGCCUUGUCCCAUAGUUCUUUUUCCUUUGAAGAAUCUGGAGUAUUUCCUUUUUUAACGGUGUCGUAUUCUCGAUUUUACUCGAAUUUAUCUGUAAAGAUUGUUUUUGAUUUUUUCCGAUUCCUAGUUUUCUGAGUUUUGCGGGAGUUGAUACCAAGUUCAUUAGAAAACCGGUUUUCAAUCUCAAAAAAAACUUAAACCUGUCGAAUUAAGUCUACUCCGAUGUUUGUCCUACUGCCUUACGCUUUUUUGGCUUCGUAGGCUUCAUUUUUUUCUUUGCUUUUUGGCUAUUUUUGCUUGGCUUUGGUGUGAAUUGGCUUGUAUCAUAUUGGUUCAUAAGAUCUCUUUUUUUCACUGAAUUUGUUCUGGUUUUUUUCUGUUUUAAUGAAAUUUUUUUCGGAUUUUUUUGGAGUUCAGCACUGAAGGAUAUGAAUUCAAAGAAACGUGAGAAAUUUUUCUAAAAGACACUAAUUUUUUGGAGAACGAAUGAAUAAAUUUGGAAGCAUAUUGUGUAAAAAUGUUGAAAAAAAGGUGUCGAAAUUAGCUUUUUUUUUGAGGAUCAGUAAAGUUGGUGGAUUUGGGUGGAAGUCGCAAAGAAAAAAGUCAACACGAAAAAGCGGAAGUUUCUCAUUUUUGUUUUUGAAAAAAAUAAAAAAAUUUCGUGAGCAUGAUAUUUAUGAAAUUGCAGUCGUUUUGCAACUAGUUAUGAAAAAAAGCUGUGAUUCUUCGUUAUAAUAUUUUUUUCUCACCAAAUAUUUUUUUAAAUUUUAUUUUGAAAAAGACACUAAAAAUGGCUGCAAGCCGAACUGGAAAAAAAGGGUUCCUUGAGCAGAUUGAGUCAAUCGAUAGAAUAUGUCAGCUGUGUCACGUCCUUCCAGCUAAAAUUACGUUGUUCCUCGUGCUCCGGCGCCAAUGUCAAUUGCGGUUAGGCUUUCGGACCCUCUUUUGCUUUUUUCGAACGUUAAUUGCUGUUGAUUAAAGUUUUUUUGUUAUUCUUCAAAUUAAAGCUCUUAGAGCUCUGUCUAGCAGUAACGCUAUGAAAAUUUUUUUCCGGAAAUUGUUCCUGAAAUCGACUUGACUUUAUUUUCAACCGGCAUGUUUCAGAUGCAAAACUAUUUUUUAAUUUUAUUGAUAUUGAUAAUCCAAUUGGAUCUUUUCUUCUGUACAACUUGUACUGAGCCAGUAUUGCUUCAUCGACCGAAGCACUGCAAAAAGGAGUGUUUGAGUGACGACGACUGCAAAAAGCACAAAAGGUGCUUGUGUGACGGAGAAUGCGGCUUGAGCUGUGUCAACCCAGGUUCUUUUUUCCGGGGUGUUUUCUUUUCUGUUAGCAUUUUCGACAAUUAUUUGAAAAAUUGGAAAGAUCAUGAAAAAAAUGAAGCUUUCCUCAAGCUAAACGAAUACGUCAAUUUUUAUUUUUGAUUCUAACAAGCAACUUUCCUAACUCGCAAAUGCAAAACUUUGCUCACCAAGGUUCCACCUGUCACCAUCUACCUCAACUUGAAAAUGGCUUCAUCAGAACAGCUGGGGACAAUCGUUUCGGUUCAAAUGCCGAGUAUGGAUGCAAUAAAGGUUUUCUUCACUUUGAUACUAUUUUUCAUUUCUCCAUCAGGCUACAUUCUUGUCGGAGCCAGCCAAAGAAGAUGUCAAGCAAAUCGAGAAUGGAGUUCCUCCCAGCCGGUUUGUCGCAUGCAAUGUGAGUUUUAACUUUUUCAACCGGAAAUAUUACGUGUUUGAAUACUUUUUUCCUUUUCAGUAAAAUGCGGACCUCCUCCAGAAAUUCCCUACGCAGUUCACGACGGCUCUUCUUUCACCGGAGAGUAUGAUUUGGAUGCCGAAGUCACCUACGGCUGUGUUCCUGGCUAUCACAAGUUCAACAGUAAGGUGAGAAUAAAGUUUUCAUUUGUCUUUCAUGAAAUUUUGAAAAAGAAAAGCUUCAGGGAUUGGCAAUUUCGAAAUGUCUGUUGAAUAGGAAGAAUGUAGCUCAAUGGUUUGGUCCUGAUCUCAGGUGUAAAGGUAAUUUUCAAUCUUCAAAGUCUUCCGGGUGUUGAUGAGGAAAUGAAAAAACCAAAUUAACAAAAAAAAAUUGAAUCUAACUAUUUUUUAAAAGUUUAUAGCAGCGGAAUAAGGGAAAAUAUCAUUUAUAUUAUUUUUUUCUCAACUAGUCGAAGUGCUUAUAAAACAAUUAAUAAGCUUUAUUUAUUCAUCAGUCUAUAUUAACCUUGGAGUUAAUCAAUCUUUUUUUAGCCAGAUCAUGUCCCGACCCUGGAGAUAUUGAAAACGGGAUAAGAGAAGGAGACGUGUUUGAAUAUCCACAUAAAGUCAAAUAUUCUUGCCUCCCUGGAUAUCUUCUGCUUGGCUCAACUGUUCGUCAAUGUUCUGGGAACGGGGAAUGGAGCAGCGAACCGGCUGUUUGUAAGCGUGAGUUUGCCGUGUCUUUCGUAUUUUAUUUGAUUGUUUUUUAGCAAGUGAAUGCGCCCGACCGUCAGCUCCCUUGCAUGGGAAAGUAGUCGGUUCAUCUUUAACUUAUCAGUCAGUUGUGACGUAUUCCUGCGAAAAUGGGUACAGAUUAGUUGGACAAGUUCAACGAAUCUGUUUAGCGGAAGGAAUUUGGGGCGGCUACGAACCAAAGUGUGAAGGUAUUGGAGCACUUCCGCUUAUUCGCCAUUCAUAUUCUUCAAGAAAUCCGUUGCCCAACGCUUCCUUCUUUACCAAACGGAUACAUUGAAGGAGGGGAAACAGCUUAUGGUUCGAUUGCGGUUUUCAGGUGAGGUUUUUGAAAAAUCAAGUCAUUUUUGUUGGCUUGAACAAAGUAGUGAAUGCAACGUGAUUAUUGAAGUAUAAUUUCAGGUGUUUGGAGUCGAUGAGCCAUGAAGGAGCAAACAGAGCCAAGUGUUCCGAAAAUGGACAGUGGAGCAAUCCUCUACCCAGAUGCUUGGGUAAAGUUUCGAAAAGGUGCAGAGAGGCUAAGAUUGAACUUUGAAGCUUCCUGUCGAGUCCCUCACAUUAAGAACGGCAGAAUCAAAGAUAAAGUUGAAGGGCAGCUGAUUGCUUCGGGUGAGUCUCACUAUAAUUGUUUGAAUAUCGAGUUUUUUCCAGGUUCUACAAUAAUUGUUACUUGCAAUUCUCAGCAUGAAGUCAAUAUCGAUGAGAAACUGACGUGUGACAAUUCUUCUUGGAGUCAUGUUCCUGUUUGCAGUCCACGUUCGUUGAACCACAGAUUUGGGGAAAAAAAAACAAAUUUUUCAGUGAGUUGCCAUAGUUGGCCUCCGAGAGUUCCUCACUCCAGAAUUUUGUUUUCGAAAUCUUCCCAUGGGUCUGUAGCGAAAUAUGAAUGUCGGAAUGGGUAGGUACUUCCAUAAAAGUUCUAUAUUCGAAUCUUGAAAUAAGUUUAUUUCUAUUAAACUUUUAUAAGUUCUCAUUUUUUUACAAUUGCCGUACCAAUGAGUUUUUAUUUUAUUUUAUUUUGUUUUCUUCAAAAAACUGUGUUUGAAAGUAACGACACAACUUUGAUUUUCUUUCAGAUACCACCCAAACCAAAAUAAUCAGAACGUUAAAUGCCAAUAUGGAGAAUGGGCCCGCGACGGACCUCCUUUGAAAUGCCUGCCAAGUGAAACUUAAUUUGAGAGUUUUUUUUUCAUUGUUACUUUUCAGGUUGGUGCGAGCAUCCUGAGAAAACCUACAAAAGUCUGCCAGAUGGACAGAUUUUGCUCGAAGGCAUUCUGGGCGCUUAUGAAUUCCAAAAGUAUAUUCAGAAAGUCGAGGAAGGGCGUGCGAUUAGUUUUCAGUGUGGCAAGGGUUAUUAUCUGAUAGGUGAGAUCAACUUUCUAAAAAAUCUCACAGUGCUGCUUUUGCAGCUAAUUAUGCCCUUUGGAGCUCUCGAAACUUUUUUGAACACCCUGAAGAUCUUUUUAUUUCAACUGAAUUCUCAUAAAACUUUAGAGCUCGGAAAUAAUUUAAUUUCAAGUACAAAAAGGGGAAGUAUUCUGAGAAAACUUUUUUCCUAAUUUUUUUUUUCAAUCAGAUCAUUUUCAUUUCAGGACCCCCGAAAGCUACUUGUAUAAAUGGCGAUUGGAUGCCAAAAGUCAACCCAAAAUGUGUGUUACAAACCCAUCCAAUGAUUGAAGGCAAAAUUCUGUGGGAUCGAAAAAAGAGAAGCUUAACAGGUUCAUUUAUCAUUUCCGCAUACUCACCUAAUUAUUUACGUUUAGAAACAAGAUAUGGAGGAAAUCGAUGUCCAUCGGUGACCGCGAAAAUGGAAAGAUUAGUGACGCGUCACUCGGAAAACGGCAUAUCUGUGAGUUUUUAUAGUUUGUCAAAAUUUAUUCAUGACAAAUCGCGUGCAUUAACGGGCUUCAGGUGAUUUGCAGGGAAGGAUACGAGUUUUCAAGCCAGCAAAUUGACGGAAGGUCUUCUUGUGUCAAUGGCAGCUGGUUUCCAGAAAUUGCCGAAUGUAUAGCCAGUUCGUUUUUUUAUGUUUCAAAAAAAAAUAUAACGAUUCGACUACAAAGAAUAACGGCAAACUGUUUACACAGAUUUAUGAUAAAACUGGAAAAAACUUUUCAAAAACCUAAAAAGUUGUCACUGUAGCCAGAAAUAUGGUUUUAGAAAAUAUCAAACUAAGGUUUUCUCUGACCCUUGUUCAAAACUAGAAACAAAUAGCGAUACUCAAAUAAUGAGAAAUAAAUCCAGAAUCUUGUCGGGUGCCUGUGAGGCUUCACGUCUUCUUUUUGAAAUCUUCUACUUCUCAAAUCAUACAGUCUAAUGACGUCGUCGAACAUGGAACAGUGGCUCAGAUGGCUUGUUUGAGAGGAUUCCACCUGAGCGGUUCGUCUUUCUUUUACUUUCCAAAAGUUACUGAUUCGAAAUUUAUAGGCAAGACUUUUUUGAGUUUUCUCAUAAGUUCGAAAAGCGGAUUCCUAGCUUUUUUAGCUACCUAGAGUCAUCUAAUACUCAGCUUCUCACAUCUUUGUGAAAGGAAAUUAAUGAGAAACUUCUUUGAGAACAGAGCUACAGUAUUCUUUGAGUGUCAGAAUACUCGGAAAUUAUCUUUAUAUUAUUUCUGAGAUUUGCUCCAUUUUCAGGAAAUGGAAACCUUGAAUGUGAGCGAGGCAACAUCAAGGAAUCUCUGGGCCAUUGUGUACCUCGUGAGGUUUCUCAAAUUUUCGUGAAAUUUUAUCAUUUAGAGGAAUGUGUCCUUCCUGAACUUUCCGUCGGAAAGUUCGACGUCGCUUCCUCAUCAGUUCGAAAUGGCGACGUAGUGACGCUGAUGUGCUCCAAUGCCAAUGUUUCAAUUGUCUGUACUCAAGGAACACUUUCUCCUAGUCCGUCUUGUUUUGAUAAUGGUGAGAAAAUUAUUGAAGUUCUGAAUUGCUAAAAAUAGGUAUUUCCAAUAAGAAUCAGCGCUUUCGAACUACGAAUGUUUUUUUAUCACUACAAGAUCCGAUCUUUUUAAGAAUCUCGGUUCUGCGUGCCUCCGCAGGACACGACACCAGCUCAUAUUUAUCGUAUGCAAGGAGUUCGACGCGUGAAUAUCGAUCGAUUCCAGUCAGCUUUUCCUAACGGGACUAUUUUCCAGUACAAGGUUGUUUAGAAUAACUCAGAAAGUAUGAAUGAUUCCGUUUAGUGUAUGGAUAAAGAAGAAGCGAACGGGAUCGAAUGUGUUAAUGGAGAAUGGAUCAGCAGUCUGCUUCCGUGUGGUAAGCAAUAGAUUCUUUCAAUGACCAUUUUUGAAGCAAAAAAAAAAUGAUUCUAAACUUAGAAGGAAGAAAUAUGCAUUUAUUUUGAAGUGAGUUUCCUUUCAAAUUGAAAUGUUCAUAAUUGAAAAAAAUGUGAAAGAAAUGGUUUUUUCUCCGAAAUAUUUUUGAACUAUCCUAGAUGCAUUUGAAGUUGUUCAGUAUCUUCGAACUUCUCUGAAUGGGUGACGCCAACAAGCGACGAGAUGUGCUCACCGUUUCCUCUUCCAUCUGAUCAGAAGAUUUUCAACAUGGAUAAUUACGUGCCUCAUCCAAAUCACAAGUUUGCCCAUGGAACUGUCCUCAAUGUUUUUCUUCUCGAUAUACGCUCUUUCAAUUUGGUUUGUCUUAGGUUGGCUGUCUGACAAUGAAUUCGGUAUCGGAGGGCGUCUCAAUAAAGUGCCGUCGAGGCAAAUGGAGUUCGUCUCGCAAGCUGAAAUGUGAAAACGGUUGGGUUGUACAGACUGUUUCAUCAAACUUUCCAACUUUCAGUUGAACACGCUUGCGAAUUGAAAAUGGACGUGCAAUCUCACAUUGCUGUUUUCGACUUUGCCAGGAAGGAGAACGUUUUGUUCAAUCAGUUUUUUGAAGGUACGGUGGUGAAACUAAUUGAAACUUUUUGUUUCGCAGCUGGCAGCCGAUUGUUGUUCCGUUGUUUGAGCAUCGGAAUGGAAAAGUUGCAAGGGAAGAGUGAAAUCGUCUGUGUCGACGGUAAUUGGAGUCAUCCCAUACCUUACUGUCAUCCUCUUCAACCAACGAACCGUGAGUCAUUCACUCAAUGAGUUUAGAUAGGUAUGCAAAAAUAAUAAAAUUCAACAUGAUAUGCAGGAAAUUCGUUGAAGUAAAAAAAAAAGUAGCUUUGACGUUCUAAAUAUACAUAUACGCGACUGAGUUUAGGCGUGUGCUCAAGAUUAGGAUUGGAAAAUCAUCGGUCUAAACGUUUUUAAUGGUGAGAAAUGAUUUCAAAAAAUCGCCUUGCUCAAAGCUCUCCCAGAAGUAUCUCCGAAGAUAAACUGAAUAAAAUGUAACGGUCAUUUGGAAUCAGAAUCCCAAUUUUCUUACAUUUGAUGAAAAAAUUUUUUUGCCAAGAAAGGUCAAAUUAACAAAAAAAUUUUUUUAACGUUCUUCGCAUAAAUUUUAAUCGAUGACUCAUUUGUUUCUGAUUGAAAAUCCACACUUUCCGAUGAAAUUUCAAAGUAUCUCAUCCCUUUCUUUGAUUUUUCUGUUAGCUAACCUUUCUUUUUGAGCAAACUUCACGAAUAUCAGCAGUAGAUAAUUGAGUUAUCUUGAGGUUACAUUUUAAAAAAAAACUCAGGUUUUUUUUUCAGAGAACAUGGUCCCAAUCAAGUUCACGGUGAGUGAAGGAGCCUACGCCAUCUCUCCAAAAGGCGAUCUUGUCGUUUCGAGAGCUUCCAACAUUGUUCUGAUCUGUCUAUCACGCAAGACGAUCCCUAAUCCAGUUUGGGUUAGUUAAGAAUUUCGAAUCAAAAAAUGAAACAAAGUAGAAAGUGACGUCGACUUACCGGUCGUACCCAACGCAGUGGACCAGGACAAGGACGACAGAAAACGAGGACAUUGAUGGAUUCGAGGUAUUACGUGGCGGCUGGAUUCGGCUUUCUUUUUUGUGAACUUUUUUUUCUUCAAGGUUACCAUUGCAAGCGCUCAGCCCUAUGACAGCGGGCUUUUGCACUGCGUGUUGCCGAACGGCGUUCGCAAUUCCAUCCGCAUUCAAGUUCAUGGUUCGUUUAAGAAGCUGGGAAAAAAUCUCAUUUUUAUUUUCCGACGGAUCUUAUUAUACAAGUUGAAUGAGAAAGGUUUUUAGUGCAAAAUCGUAAUAAAAAAGAAGCCGUUCAUCAGUAUGGAAAGUUCCAUAAAAUGCUUGGAAUGUCUUCACUCUCAUAUUUCAUUCGACUUUGAUUCUAUUUCUAUUCGAAAUUCUGAAAUAAGAAAACAAUCGUUCCCGAUCAUCCAGCCAAUAUGAAAAUUUCAAAUGGUUCUACACUCUUUUUGUGGCUAUUUAGAUAAUUAGUGGCCCAAAAAUUGGCUUCUUCCUGCAGACCGUACAUGUCCGAUGCUUCAUAACUCCUCGUCGCUACAAGUCCACUUGUCGGGGUCCGGUUUAUUCGUCGGUACCGUCGCGCAGUUCUCUUGCCCCAUCGGCUAUCGCGUCGAAGGCAACGCCAUCUCGACGUGCCUUUCCGACGCGACUUGGAGCCAUUCCCUGCCAAAAUGUGUUGGUCAGUUCACCCUGUAUAUGGGAUCUAAACUGGGAAGUUCGGAGCCUGAUUUGAAAAGAUUUUGAAUCUCAAGGUGCAUGGUUGAUUCUAUUUGAAAAAUCAUUAUCAGAACGAAACUGGAAGUUUUAUGGAGAAAUAGAAAUUGCGAAGCAGAGGAGUCCUUGAUCAAAAAAUUACUUUUGUCUAUGUUCUAUCCACAAAUGAAUGUUCAUCUUUUUUUUAUCAAAUUUUCGAAGCCACGCGAGUCAACUUCAUUUAUACAGUCAGAAUCUUCUGUGUAGAUAGUUCAAAAAAGGGGCAACUUUUACAGAAGUUAAACGAUUAUGUUGGUCUCAAUAUUGGAGUAUUACAAAAAAUAAAAAAAUCCCGGAUAAAACUUUUUUGUGGAUGCGUCGAAGUUUUUUGAACUUCAAGAAAACCUUGGAGAAAUCAUAUUUUUCAGCUGCAUUGUGUCCAACGAUAGUCGUGAAUGGAUCAAGGAUGUCUGUAACUGUUUCUUCCUUCCGAACAGGCGGCGUCGCACAGUUCCGCUGCAAUAAGGGGUGAAAUUUUUCAUUUCCGUCAAAGAAAAACUUAGAACAUUUUUACAGUUUUACUCUGAUUGGAGAUCCCAACUUACAUUGCACAAAGUACGGCUCUUGGAGCCACGAUUUCCCGAAAUGCAAUGGUCAGUUAGUGAAAACUGAUUUUGAAAGAAAUUAUUUUUUUUCCGUUGUCAACUGUGGUCCUAUCCAACCUCCACGCAACGGUCAUAUAAUUGGAGAGCCAAAAGAACGGUACUCGAAAGGAGAUAUUGUUCUUUUUGGCUGUCUUCCAAAUCAUCUUCUCACUGGAGGCGAUUUUUCAAUUUGUCAAGCCAGUGGAAAAUGGAGCGACGUCCUGACUAAAUGUGAGUUUUAUGAUCAUUUUUCAAAAUGCGAAAAAAUCUCAACUUUUUUUUUUUUCGUAUUUCCUUAUAAUCAUUCCCAAAAACGUAUGAUUCUUAACAAAGGAGUUUCUUGACAACGCAUAUUAAGAAUUACGUGAAGUUCUGCUACUGGCGUCUUCAAGGCAUAAUAAUGUAGAAAAGAGAAGAAAAGUGAAGUUAAAAGAAAGAUUAUUUGUUGAUCAAAAACGCUGUAUAAGAAUAUUCUUAUUUGCCAAACGCUGUGACUUAUAAAAAAAGAGCUUGUCUCAUGAUUACUUCAAUUUUCCAGGCGAGGCAUACUGUCGACAUCCUGGCCGACCGGUCAACGGCGCCAGUACCGCCGUCGCCAAAGACUACUACGCGAUCGGAGAAAAAAUAGUCUUCUACUGCCCUUCUCCAAGUUACAAACUCAGUUCUGAGAAUGUCUUGAUGUGCAUUUCGGCCGGUAAAUGGUCCAGAAAACUGCCUCUUUGCUUGCCUGCCUCUUUUUCGAACUCUCCCAGUGGCGGAGGAUGA